AUGGCCGACAAGAAGCCAUCCGUCCUGAUUAUCGGAGGUUUGGGAUUUAUCGGUCGCCACCUGGCCCUUUAUAUCCAUGAAAAUAACCUCGCUUCGGAGGUGCGACUUAUUGAUAAGGUCCUUCCACAGCUAGCUUGGCUAGCUCCGGAGUUCGAAGAAGCCUGCUCCAAAGACAAAUUCGUGCAGGCUGAUGCUACACGAGAACAGCACCUGCCGCGCAUUUUUGACCGCGCUAAUGGCGAACAAUUUGACUAUGUGAUCAACUGUGGCGGCGAAACGAGAUAUUCUCAACCCGACGACGUCUAUCAAGCCCGGAGCUACAAUCUGAGUAUAGCUUUGGCUCGUGAGGUUUCUCGUCGGGGAAUUCGCGCCUUCGUUGAAUGUUCUACUGCCCACGUCUACAAGUCUGGAUCCACCCCGCGAAAAGAAGACGAUAAGCUCCAAGCAUGGCACAACCUAGCUAAGUGGAAGCUGAAGGCGAACGAGGAGCUAAUGAAGAUCCCAAACCUCAAUUACAUUGUGCUGCGACUGCCAAACGUAUUCGGUGAAUACGAAUCUGGGCACUUCGCCAUGGGAAUCUGCCUCGCAAGAGUAUACUUGGAUAUGGAGAGAGAUCUUGAAUUUCUCUAUUCCAAGGAUUUGAAGACCAAUACCCUUUACGUCAAAGACGCCGCCAGUGCUCUGUGGAGGGCCGCCGAAUGGAGAUACAAUGCUCCUUCUGAUGGAUCCGUUCCGAUUAUGUACAAUGUUGUCGAUCACAACAAUACAACCCAGGGCCAAGUGGCCGAUGCCCUCACAGAGGUUUUUGGGCUGAAAUGCUCAUUCUUGGGCUCUCUGGCGUCGCAGUUUGCCAAGUUGAACAUGGACGACGUGGUUGACGACAUGAACGAAGUGGCUUUGCAAGGCUGGUCUGACUUGGUCGAAGAAAAGGGCAUUCAGCGCCCGGGCCCUAUUAGUCCAUUCAUCGAGAAGGACGUUCUUCGGGACCAGGAUAUGUCCAUUGAUGGCACUUUAUUCGAAACGACCACUGGCUGGAAACCGACCAAGAACUUCGGCCCUGACUGUAUUCGAGACAUGGUUGAGAGCUACAAGCGAAUGGGCUGGUGGCCAUAG